AAACAGAGGUCGUUUAUGAUGACGUCAGUUAAUUAUUGCGCAGCCAUGCGCACUCAGGACGCUCUCGAACAUUUCCCUUAGCUUCACACCCAGCUACACAGUGCUUUGAAUAAGGAAGUGGAACUAUUCAGAUGGAGGGUGGGUCUUUUCUAUCGAAUAUAUAUUUAAUUUAAUACAGUCCUCGUCGGAUAAGAAUGGGGGACACAGCAAAGGACAAACGGCGGGAACAAUUGAAGCGCUGGUCCGGUUCCACCACCGACAGGGAACCGGCUGUACCCAGGCGAAGGUGGCGGGGCGAUGCUGAGGAUGCCGCCGACUCGGAGGCCGUAAACAACGCCGUUUCAAAUGACCAUUCUCAGGAUGUGGAGGGCAACAGAUCAACCAACGGGGAAGCUCAUAGUGUUCUAACCAAACGAAGGCGGCGAGUGAGAUUUGAUAGAGCUGCAGAGUUCCUGGCAGCUUGUGCCAGUGGCGACACAGACGAGGCCCGGGAAUUGCUAAAAGAUGCCAGAGAGAUUCAGUGCAAAAAUGGAGAGUAUCAGGGAGAAGUGGUGAAUUGUGCCAACGCUGAUGGAAUCACCGCUCUCCACCAGGCUUGUAUAGACGGGAGCAUGGAGGUAAUGGUUUUCCUCCUGGCUAAUGGUGCCAAUGUAAACCAGGUGGACAGUGAGGGCUGGACUCCACUGCAUGUGGCAGCCACUUGUGGGAACCUGGAAAUCACUGAUUUCCUUUUGCAGCACGGUGCAUCUCUCACAGCUGUGAACUGCGAUGGUGACGUCCCCCUGGACAUUGCUGAAGACGAGGCCACUGAGACACUCCUGAAAGAAUACACAGUGAGGCAAGGUGUGGAUGUGGAGGCGGCUAAGAGGGUGGAGGAGGAGCAGAUAAUGAAAGACGCCAGAGCCUGGCAGUCAGAGGGGCUCCCGUCAAACCUCCAGCACCCCAGAACCGGAGCCACACCCCUGCACGUGGCAGCAGCCAAGGGCUACCUGGAGGCCAUCAAACUGCUUUGCCAGUGUGGCCUGGAUGUGUCCGAAGUGGACUUCGACGGCUGGACUCCCCUCCACGCGGCGGCCCACUGGGGGCAGGGCGAGGCCUGCAGGAUACUGGCUGAACAGCUGUGCAACAUGGAGGCCCGCAGCAACGGGGGCCAGACUCCGUUUGAUGUCGCCGACGAGAGUGUCAAGUCGCUGCUGGAGGAGCUGGCGGUGAAACAAGCCAACUGGCGCAAUGAGCAGUCCACCGUCGAUACCCAGAACACCGCCGGCUCCUCCGCAGCCAAAGCUGACAACAAACGACGGAGGAGCUCAGUGUGUCGGAUGAGCAGCAAGGAGAAGAUGAAUGUGCAGGAUCAGUCUAAAGAGAGGGGCGUGUCGGGUGGCCUGGAGCUCAGCGAAGAGAGGGAGAGCAGCCCUGAGACCAGCCCAGAAACAGAGAGUGUCACCUCCACUGUCAGCCCUACAGAGAACACUCCAGAGGAGAAGGAUGUGGAGGAGAGGGACCAGGACAGAGCCAGUCGUACCGCCCGGGUCCAACCCACGCCCCAGAGGAAAGAAGCCCUGGCAGACAGCCCCAACAACACCAAUCCAGACAGACGGAAGUUCCAGGCGCCGGUACGAGACGAGGAGUCCGAAUCUCAGAGGAAAGCCCGCUCGCGUCUCAUGCGCCAGUCCCGCCGCUCCACCCAGGGUGUGACGCUCACCGACUUGAAGGAGGCGGAGAAGAGCGUGGCCAAGCCCAACGACUCGCCGCCCAGCAACAUCCUUCACGUCAGCCCCAUCGUCACUGUUACGCCUGCUGAGAGGGACACAGACCCUGUGAAAGAAGUGGGCUCUGAGGGGGAGUCUCGUCUUGGAGGGAGGGAUCGACGGAGGGGGAGGAAGGAGAGGCGUUCCACCGGGGUGGUUCAGCUAGAGAAUGAUGAUUUGGAAGCGAUUGAUGAAACACGCCUGGAAGAAACCCAGAGUCAUAGUUUGGCCAGUCAGCAUCAGUUGGGAGGUUCGUUACUCGACUACAAAACGCUGUACACAUCGGUGCUGCAGGACAACAGCCUGCUGAAAGACAAGCUGCAGGAGACACAGCUGCUGCUCAGUCAGAGCAAGGUGGAAGUGGAGAGACUCCGACAGAGUCAAGAGGGCAACACUGAGAGGCCGGCCCUGCUUGAGCUGGAGAGAUUUGAGAAGAGAGCACUCCAGAGAAAAGUGCUGGAACUGGAGGAUGAGCUGAAGGUGCUGGUGGAUCUCCGUGCUGACAACCAGAGGUUAAAGGAUGAGAACGCCGCCCUCAUCCGGGUCAUCAGCAAACUCUCCAAAUGAGCUUCAUCUGCCAAACCUCAAUACUGAGAAAAGUGUUAAAUUUCUUUUUCGCCCAACUCACAAGGCACAUACAAGGAACAAAACCCAGCGUAAAGAAACAAUUCUGCUCUGAUAAAAGACCAGCAAAUACAUUUGAUCUGUGUUUUUUUUAUUUUUUUUGUAACUGGAAAAACACGUUUUCACAGGGUUGUUGUUUGUCUUCUGUUUAGCUUCACUCAUUACUAUCUACUGUAUAACAAGCUGAACUGCACAUUGUAUGGAUUCACAGGGUCCUGUUUCCAAAUUCUUAAACGUGUUUUAAUCUUUUUUUUAAAUCUUUAUUUUUUUUUGGUGUGUGCUUCGCUUCUGCAUUAACUUUGUUUACGAAUGUGUUUUUAAGAUAUAUUUUAAUAGCCAUGCAAAAUGUGCGCUUGAAAUGAUUUUACUCCAGAGUACAGACCACUAGACACUGAAAACAGGACCGAGGAGAUUGUUCUUAGGUUGUCACAUUCAGAGUUCCACAUAUGUGCCAAAAACCCAAACAUACACCCUGCUCCCCCAUAUCUGGCUACUUUUGCAUGUUGUUUGGGGAAAGGUGAAGUGGUUGGUUUGUCUCUCUCAGGACAAGUCUGGAUCAGUACUGUACUUGAGCUGACUACUGUUAAAAGUUGGACCAAACUGUAUUUGCAUGUUUAUUUUUCUCUCCUGUGAAUGUAUAUUUAUGUGUAUAUUUAUGUACAGGGGCCUCUUCUCAGCCAGUGGUCUGGUGGUAUCCUAGCCAAGGACUGAGGUAGUGGGUGCUUAUACUGUGACUGAGACCUGUUGGUUUGUAGACAGGCAAGAUGGGUCAAGUCUUUUGAAUGUUUACUGCGAUUUUUUUCAAAGUAAAUGCAUGCCAAAUUGUAUUUUGACAAUGUGCCUUUCUAUAUAUUUGUAAUUAAUAUUUCUAUUUUGCUUUGGCAAAAGCAAACAAUGUCAAAUAAAUACAGUAUGGUAACUUAAACUUG